CAAAUGUCAGAAAAAUUUGUGAACAAUUUUCCGUAAAUUUAAGGAAUUGCGAGGGUCACCACGAUUCCGGUCGGAAGCGUAGGCCACUGUCGGAUAGUUAGAACGUGCCUCUUUACAGUUUGUGUUGCGCCCAGUGUGAGAGCGAUCGUCAUGUCGUCGCACGAUGUCGUGGCUUUGAACUUUCACGAAUCGUGCCUCCGGAUGUCGGAUAUCGAUCUUCUGAAGGGACCGUACUGGCUAAACGACCAGCUCAUUUCGUUCUACUUCGAAUACCUGGAAAAGCGGGUGUUUGAAAACGAGUCCGACCUGCUUUUCGUCAGCCCGGAGGUUACGCAGUGCAUCCGGAUGGUGUCGCAGGAGGAGGUUUCCAUCUUCCUGGGCCCGCUGCGAGCGGCCGAGCGAGCGUUUGUGUUUUUUGCCCUCAACGACAACGAUCGGGCUGACCGGGCCGGCGGUACCCACUGGAGCCUGCUGGUGUUUUCGCGCCCCGAGCAAACCUUCUACCACUUCGAUUCGUCGCGCAACGCCAACGGAGAGUAUGCCCGCGGCUUGGUGGCGAUUCUGAAGCGUGCCCUCUGCUGUCCGGAAGCUGCGAUGCGAACGGGGGAUUGCCUGCAGCAGAGUAACGGAUACGAUUGUGGCAUACACGUGCUGUGCACGGUAGAUGCCGUUACGAGACAGAUUCGCAAAAGUGGAUGCGUCGUGGGCGUCCGCAGUGCCCGGUACGAUGUGAUACGCGCCAAGCGAGAGGAACUGUUGGCCACAAUCACCGAGCUUGGCGGACGAACUCACUAGCGGUGCGGAUCUCUCUUGGCGUGGCCCACCCCGAGUCGACCGUGCCUGGACACACUAAAGAAAUCUUCAAAAUUCUUAGAUUGAUAGAUCCCUGGUGGCUCCUCUCUUUAUUGUACUCCAAUCGGAUUAUAAAUGGUUCGGUGUGUAUGGUUCGCUUGUCUAUCCCGUGUAUAAAAUAUCUUAGCGUAUUUUAGUAAAAAAAGAAACGAGAAAAAUACAUCUACCUA